UUAUUACCUAUAAAAACAAUUUUAAAUUCUAUAUAAUCAACGACAAAAAAGUUGUGUAUUUAUUACUUACAAUUUUUCUUUUUUUGGUUUAUUUUCAAUAAUUAAAAAUGAAUUUUAGUUAUUUGGUAAUAAUUAUAUCUACAUCUGUUGUUACUUCAAUACACGAACCUGCAAUUAAUGAAGAAGACGUAUCAAAUGUUACCAACACUGAUAUACCCAAUGAAAAUUUAAUACUUAAAGCAAAUUCAAUUAUAUCUAAAAAUAUAUGUACCGUCGUAGAAAACAUACAAUAUUGCUUAUUUAAAAACGAAGAGUUUCAUGUUGGUAUUUUCGAUGACACAACCUUUGGAACAUUACUACGUAUGGUUGGUAAAUGUAACGAAAUGAUAAUUGAUAUUUGUUAUGAUUUCCUGGAAACAAAUUAUGAUGUAAUGAUAAAUAUUGAAAAAGUCAUUGAAUUUUUUUGCUAUAAUGAUAAUAUAACAUUACACCUUAAUAAUCAAAAUAAUAAUAAUGACAAUAAUAACAUUGAAAAUGAUAAUAAUGAAAAUAAUAACGAUGAAAUCAAAAACAUUGAAAAUGAUAACGAUGAAAUUAAUAACAUUGAAAAUGAUAACAAUGAAAAUAAUAAAGAUAACAAUACUAACAUUGAAAAUGAUAACAAGGAAAAUAAUAACGAUGAAAUUAAUAAUAUUGAAAAUUAUAACAAUGAAAAUAAUAACGAUGAAAAUAAUAAUAAUGAAAUUAAUAACAAUAAAAAUGAUACGUUAGAUAAAGAAGACUGCAUAAAAAUCUCCAAAUCUUGCUUUAAAAAUUUUGCUUAUGACUUACUUAACCAUGAAAGCAAUAAAUUUACAAUUGAAAUUUGGAAAUCAUUGAAUGAUGUUGAAAAGAAAUUUAUAAAAGACAUUAUUGCUAAAUAUAAUGAUGUUUAUAAUAAAUCACUCGAAGAACACAAAGAAUAGUUUUCGUGUCCCUAAAAAAUUGAGCUUUGUGUAUAGGUUAUAAAAGUAUAACCAAAAAAUAAAAAUAUUUUUUUAAUAAAUAACAGAUUUUCGGA